AUACAUUUCUUUCGACCUUGAUAACUAUUUAAAGCAAGACUUUUGUGUUAGAAAUAUCGCAAUUCUAAAGAGUCACGAUGAUUCCAUCGACGUUUUGUGAGUUAACUCCGGAACAAGCAAAGAAAAUCAAGAGAAAUCUUAAUGAAGAUGAAUAUCGAUUUGUUACACAAAUUAAAAGUUUAAAAAUGUGGAUGGAUAGACAUCCAUUUAUACCUAAGCAAUAUGAAGUGGAAAUGUUAGAAAUUUUUCUGCGAGCGUGUAAAUAUGAUAUGGAAGCAACAAAACAGAAACUAGAAAAUUACUUUGUGAAUAAAACAAAAUGUCCGGAGAGUUUCAAAGUUUAUAGUUUUGAAGAAAUCGAUUGGGAAACACUCAACAACUUUUACUUUCUAGCCUCGAGAAAAUUAACGCCUGAAGGUUAUAAAGUUACUUUUGCUGGAUUUCGUGAAGUGAAUAUUAAUUCAUGUAAUAUUGAGGUUAUGUGUAAAUUUAUAUGGAUUUCCGCUAUUUAUAAAGCAAAUUUAAGCACUUUAGACGCUGGGAAUGUUCUGGUUAUAAACAUGAAUGUUUUCUCACCAACAAUGGUUGUACAAUUAAUGACGCCAUUUUUGAAACAAACGGUGAAAUUACUCCAAACAACUUUUCCAUUUCGGACCAAACAAAUAUUUAUUAUCAACGCCCCGGGAUAUGCAGAAAAUUUUAUCAAUGUUUGCAAAAUGUUCCUGAACGAUAAAAUUAAAAACAGAGUUAUAAUUGAAGCUGGUGAUGAUAAAAUGAAAGCAUCAAUACCCAAUUAUUGUAUUCCAUCAGACUUUGGAGGAACAGGCGAUGCUAUAUCUGAUCGAAUUCAAGAAUGGUUUAGUUUACUUAAACAUUACGAGCCGUGGUUCAAACAACAUGAAAAGUAAUUCCCUUGAUUGAUAAAAUACCAAAAGAAUUGUUUGCUAGUUCUAGUAUUGAUGAUGAAAUGGGAACACAAGGAUCUUUUCGACAACUAUCAAUAGAUUAAUCACAAUUAAUCACAAUCACAAAAUAUUUAACACCAAAUAUAAAAUUAUUUUAUUUAAAUUUACAAAUAGUUACAAAUGUGA